UAAACGCUUCAGGAUGAGGUUGCAUAAAAAUUAUUUCCUGACUCUGCCUUCUAUCCUCUCCUCACAGUCCACCAGAGGGGGCUGUUCCCCAGCCCUGCACCUCCUCGGGGGCUGCUGAUCCCUCAGCAGGGGCCACAGUCUGGCAGGGUCUGAGCCGCCACAGCCCGCCUCAGCCCACGGUCAUUUUCCUUCUCCAACCUCCCACCUCGGCCUCAGUCACCCCCCCUGUGGAGACCGUCUCUGUAUAUUCAUCUGCUGCCCUUUCACCCUUUCUUCCCAGGGAAGCGCCCGUUGCCAGCAGGUCUCAGCCCGAGGGAGUCUUUCCCGGGGCUGCACUCUAUUAUCCACAGACUAGCUCCGUCCACGUGGUUGGGACACCCCACACUGCCCCCUCACAGCCCUCUCUGACUCAUAACUGACUCCCUCCUCAGCCCUCCUGCUUAAGUGUGCUGGGAUGUUAAGAGGUCACAAAGGGGAAGUGAGAAACAGAAACAGAACAGCAGGCAGGACCAAGGGCGGAGGAGACAGAGAGGCCUCCUGGACAGAGAUCCCACCCCCAGGACUCCAGGAAGUGUGCCUGCCCUAGGAGGCAGCUCUGCUCAGAAGGAGGAAGGACGGCAGAGCCGACCCCCGGAGCAGUUGAAGCUUCUCUGCAGAGGGGGAACAGAGCAGGCAGCCGAGGUCAUGGAGCCUCCCUGGGCACCUCCCCACAGAAGGCACAUCCCCUGGCAGGCGCUCCUGCUCACAGCCUCAGUUUUAACCUGCUGGAGCCCACCCACCACUGCCCAACUGACCACUGAAUCAGUGCUCCUCUAUGCAACAGAAGGGAAGGACAUUCUUCUACUUGUUCACAAUCUGCCAGAGAACAUUUUAGCCUGGAACUGAUGCAAAGGAAAAACAACAUAUGGUGACCAUGCAAUUGGUACGUAUCUGAUAGACCUUCAGAUAACUAUCCCUGGGCCUGCAUACAGCCAUCAAGAACUAUACCCUGAUGGAUCUCUGCUAAUCCAGAAUGUCACUCAGAAGAACGCAGGAUUCUACACCCUAUUGGUCAUGCAUACAAAUUUUCAGGCUGAAAAAGCAUCUGGACGGGUCCACAUACAUGCUGCAAAAGCCUGAGCACCA